UUAGCAGGAAAUUGACAUUAUCACAGUGCUUCCAGAGCAUGUUAAAGUGUGGUUACGUUUGCCACGGCUUGAUAAAAUCUCACUGGCGAAAUCGAGUCUUUCCAAUCCACCUCAUUUUUCAAUGAAGUAAGCCACCUUAUAUGAAUAUGAAUUCAUUAGCCGCUAUAGUAAAUAGAUGACAGACUGUAUAAAACAUAAACACGGUGCCUGCGACACUCCCCUUAUCACUUCUUUCAGAAGAGCAUUUUUGUAGCCCAAAGCGGACGGAGCUGGCAGCAUAUCACUUCUGGAUAGUCAGAAAUGGCCAAAGAGGCUGCCCAGCUCAAAACAUCCCAAUCCACCUGUCACUCAAGUGGCCACGCCCCUCAAUUAAGCAGCAUUUGAAGGCUUGAUGUAUCGCUUAAUUCAAGAGAAAGACGGGGAAAGAUGCCGCUUGGAAAAAAUAGACCUAAUGUGUCAAAGAAACAAGUGUGCUGCCAGCUUUAGGACUUUAGGUUUAAGAAUUUUCGAAUUUUUGAACUUACAUUUUCGUGGUAGCUCUGUAGCGUCGCUGUUGACGGUUAAUUAGCUUUGGUGAACUUAAUGGUGAGCUAACGAAACGUAUCAUGCGCGUUGUAAUAUUUGAAGCGUAUGUCGCAAAUGUCAGUCAAUGGACUGGGAAGAUUUUUAAACGGGUGGUUAAUAAUAAUCAUUUUAAUUCGAUACGAACUUACGGUAACGCUGUGAAAAUACUAACGGAAGGCAGAAGGGGCGUGGCGCUGGAAAGGGGCGGAGCUACACAAGGUCUAUCAGUGCGGUAAACGCGUGCGGUAGGAGUAAUGCGCGUGCAGAUUUGCUAAACUAAGCAGCUCUUUUUGAGCACAAUGCAGCGAAUUCUGGGAAUCUGCGUAUUCCCCAACGCAUGGAUUCCAAUUGGAAAGACCAGAUUUCGAUGGUGCAAAUUGACCGAGCAAUGGUGACCGCCUCCGCUCGCUUUCUCCCGCCGGGAGUGACCCACGAUGGGUUACUGUGAUUAUCAUCUCACCGCUGUGUCUUCGAGCACAUAACUCCUCCGUUCAUCCUCUAGUUACUUCUUUGUGGCAGCCAAGUACAGUUUAGGUAUAAAAAUGGCCGAAUGUAGCUUUAUGAAAUAUUUAAUGGGAAAGCAAGAAACGGUGCGCUAAGGAGCAUUCAUUUAUGGGAAGUUACACUAUAAAACCCGAACCCUCUUUUGCUUGCGAGGAAUGUAGCUCGAAAAUUAAUUCAAGAUACUCAUUCAUGGCCUCUUAGAUGAAUGGCGAUUUUUACAGAUUUUAUUGGAUUUUUGCAUCUUAGAACCGCCCUUGCCAGAAGUCAUUUUAUAAGGAAGGACAGUAUUUGUGCCAAACGUAUGCAGAUUGCAGUGGCACACAUGCGCAGUUCAGAGCACCUCACACAUUAGCAUGCUAUUCUAAAUCCACAGGAAUGUGUGCAUUUCUGUAAAAAGAUGCUGGCUUUUUUCUUUUUCUUUUGGUGAAAUGCUUCGCAAUUCUUUUAUCAUGCAUAAUUAUUUUUUAUUUCUUGCAAUUAAAGGCUUUACAAGUGCUGUCUUGUAGUAAGUCUGUUACUGUGUUUCUACGCGAGCAUGCAUACUUUGAUUUCAUAAGUAGAGAAGUUCUAUGCCUCACAUGGCCGUUCGCAUCAGGAACCUUAACGGAUAUUAAUGUCCACGGCGAUAGAUGAUAAUUGUUGCCUGCCUGCAAAUGCUUGAGCUUGUCCCCUGUCUUCUCUAUUCCCUUUGAACGCGUAAGGAAUACAGCUCACACGACAACGAAGACAAUGAGCCGAACGUUUAUCAAUCCUCAGGCCACCUGGAGAUAAGUUUGUUUCUUCAUCAGAAUGUACGCCUACGAGCAAACUCGGUGCUAAGCUAAUAUUUCGGUGUGAGAGGAAAACGGAUGGAUCUUCUCACUGUUAUCACGGCCGGAGGUGACAAUUUAAAAGUUACUUCAGUGAUAAUUUUGUUUCUUACAGACUUAACGAGGCAGUAUUCGAUGAACUAACAUUGUACGGACUCUCAUUCUGACGGCACCCAUCCGUCGCCACGCUUUAAAGUUGCGCGUUCUUGAAACGUCAAAGAAUCAGUUCUCCAUAAAACGAUUUCUAAAAUUAAUUUCAGAAACAUUACGGAAAUUAAGUUUUAUCCAUUUUUCAAUUUUGCAGUCCAGGGGCCAUAUAUGUCGAGGCUUCACUGGAUGUGCUGUAUGGCGCUUUUUUAUUUAAUUUUGUUGUUGUUGUUGUUGUUGUUGUUAUGGUAACCGCUAACGUUUUCCCCUGCAGCUCCUGUAGGUGGCAGCAGUGCGCUCGCGUUCGAGCCGCGCUGUUUGUUCGUCUUCUCCGCAGAGGAAGAGCUGCAGGUUGCGUUGAGUGAUGUGGUAUCCGCCUUUCCCUCGCAUACCAGAACGUAGUCCCUAAACUCCUGCUUUAACCCUCCUCAGCAACCGUCUUUUAUCAUGGCCGCGUUAUAAGCCCGGCGUCCCGGCGGUUCAUGGUUUCCUCUCUGUCAGUGUUAGUUUGGUCUGGAGAUUUCCUUUGAAUGGGUUGAACUCAAGACACUUUGUACUUUGUUUUGGGCACAUAAAGAACGUUAUUAAAGACCCCUCUUGUGUUAAAACAUUGUGUCUGUGCAAGAAACCCAAGACAGCAGCAUCCAAAAUGCCUCUUGGAUUGGGACGCAGAAAGAAGGCAUCUCCGCUGGUGGAGAACGAGGAGGCCGAGCCCAUCCGGGCUGGACUGAAUGUCCCAGGGUUGGAUGGCCUGGAUGGAGGCAGGGUCGGCCUGGGUGAAGGAGCUGCCCACGAGGGCCUACCACCUCCGCCCACCAGCCUGCGACCUCGCCUGAUCUUCCACACCCAGCUGGCUCACGGAAGCCCCACGGGACGCAUCGAGGGCUUCAGCAACGUGCGUGAGCUCUACGCCAAGAUAGGAGAGGCCUUUGGGAUUCCUCCAACAGAGGUAAUGUUUUGCACGCUGAAUACUCACAAAGUGGAUAUGGACAAGCUUUUGGGUGGCCAGAUCGGACUGGAGGACUUUAUAUUCGCUCAUGUCAAGGGCCAGAAAAAAGAGGUGGAGGUCUUUAAAGGAGAGGAUGCAUUGGGGCUCACCAUCACCGAUAAUGGAGCUGGAUAUGCUUUUAUUAAGAGAAUAAGAGAAGGCAGUAUUAUUCAUCAGAUCCAGGUCAUCAAUGUGGGUGACAUGAUCGAGUCGAUCAAUGGGCAGAUACUCAUUGGAUGCCGCCAUUAUGAGGUAGCCAAGAUGCUGAAGGAACUGCCCAAAGGGAAAACAUUUUUCCUGAAGCUGGUGGAACCUUUAAAGGCAUUUGACAUGAUCAGUCAGCGGUCUGGAAGCCGGUCAGGCUCUGCACAGUUAGGAACGGGCAGAGGAACUCUACGUCUGAGGUCUAAAGGGCCAGCCACCGUAGAGGAACUGCCGUCAGCCUUUGAAGAAAAAGCUAUCGAGAAAGUGGACGAUCUGUUGGAGAGCUACAUGGGCAUUAGAGACAGCGAACUCGCUGCGACGAUGGUGGAGCUCGGCAAGGACAAAAAGAACCCGGAUGAGUUUGCCGAAGCUUUGGACGAGACUCUGGGUGAUUUCGCGUUUCCAGAUGAGUUUGUGUUUGAUGUGUGGGGUGCCAUAGGCGACGCGAAGGUCGGUCGUGUGUAAUUCUAGAAACGGCUAGAAAACACUGCUUUAGGAACGAUAUUGAGUUUUAUUUUUGAUGAUUUUGGGAGCAUACGCUGGGAUGCUUUUGAGAGCGCUGGAAACACUUAGGGCCUCUAACUCCACUUUUUUUAAGAUGCAAAUGUUAGGAAGACACUACAUCGAAUGCAUUUUAAAGUCGUGUUCAGAUUUGACUAGGUUGAGCCUAAUCACUUAUUUAGUAGGAUGUUAAUCAAAAGAUGCUGAGACUCAUUGAAUUCGCAAGGUGUUUACUCCAGGGCUGCGUUCGGUACCCCUGCGAGGUUACUCUGUUACAUACUGUGACUUUCACUUGCACUGUGUUGCCCGAUGUUGUAUAAAUUGCACGGUAUAGCACAGAACGGUGCAGUGCUGUUCGAGGCAAUGCUGGUUUGCACUGUAGUGACCUCUGCGGUGCGGAUCAGACCCGUCCCGUGGCAGAAUCAUGGACCAUUUGUCUUAUCAACACUAUAAUGAUUCCCUAAAGCAUGUGCUGUCUUGUUAUGUACUCUUGUUCUCUAUUAACCACAGGAUUUCAAGUGGCUUUGAAGCUGUUGCAAUGGACCUCUAGUGCUUUACAUUUCCAGUUCCGUGGCUUAGCUCUUAUUUUAAAAGAGUAAAAGAAAUGGGGAAAGAAAUAAAUCAUCCGUUUUCAUUUUAGCAGUAUGGUAAACUUCCGCAUAAUGCCAAACAUAAGGAAAUCUUUCUUCUUCUUUUUUUCUGGUAAAAUCAGUAUUAAGAAAUAUCACGAAGUAUUACAGAUAGUGUUUCACCUGUUACAGUAUUUAUCCUUUAAUGGAGUAGUGGAGGAAGAAUGAAGGGCUUAAAAAGUCGGGCUGGGUGAUAGGAUAGUUUCGAACAAACUAUUAUUGGAGCAAAAUAGAUGCGAAAAGCCAUAUUGUGUGUAUAAAAACACACACAACAUGGCUUAAAAAAAAUAUAGCCCAGCCCUAAUUACAAGUGAGUAUUAAAGCACUGGCGUAUAGGCGUUAGAUGGUAUUGAUUGUAUGGUAUUGAUUUGAGUGUAUAUAGUGUUGAUGUGUUUACGGAAACUACACUACAGCCAGUCCAGUGAGCAUUAUCAAUAUUAAUGACAAUAUUACUGCAAAUAUGACCAAACACAGGCAUCUUCCACUGAGCACAUGAGUUGAGUUAGUGGAACUUUCUUUUUUUUUAACCAGGCAGUUAAACACUGUAGUAUUUCACAUCAGAGCAUGUUUGAAAUGUAAAGUACUGAUCAUGUGACGGUUAAAACUUUGAACUCUAUAUUUCUGUUUUAUUGUUUAGCCGGGCGUCUUGUCUCACGAAAGAUGUAGGUUAAUGUUUAAAGGACCCAGAUCGAAAUUGAAAAGGAAAAAAACAAAAAAAAAACAAUGAAAUGUUUUGGUGUUACUUUUUACAUACUGUAAAGCUAUCAGUGUAGCUUAAACACAGCUCUCUUGUCGUCGAUUUACUUUGGACUCUUUUUUUUUUCAUUCGAUGCUCUUUGAACACUUUUAGAUAAGCGUUGUUUUUAAGAAUGAAUAGUUUACACUGAUGAUGUAAUGGUUUUGAUGGACUCAUGUUACACUGUCUCAGACUACCUUCAAAUGGCAAUAAUCAUGAUGUAAGUCUGUUAUAUCUGUUAUUGUUGUUGUUGUUUUUUUUUCAUUGACAGAAAUGCUAUUGCACCAAAUUGUUAUUUGUUAGAUUUCUCAACAAUAUUAAAACAAACAAAACGA